UGUGGUGUGUGUCGCUGUGGAAGAGACCGGAGAGGGGCACCAAACAAGAAACAAUGGCGACAGCGGCGACUGCAGCAGGAGGAACUGGUUCUGGAGGAGCAGCAGCCAGUCAAAGUGGCUCAGGAGCUGCUAUCGGGAGGAAGAAAGAUGGAGGGCCAUCUUCAAAAUAUUGGGAGAAUUCAGAAACUAUUAAUCAAUUGGAGUCGGUGCGCCAGUGGAUCGGGAAGCACUACAAAAAGUAUGUCCAGACUGACAACCCUUCUAGCAAGUCUCUGGCUGGGUUGGUCAUCCAGCUGUUGCAGUUCCAGGAGGAUGCGUUUGGCCGAAGGGUGAACAACCCAGCCCUCACCAAACUACCCGCUAAAAGCUUCCUUGACUUCAAGGCAGGAGGUGCCUUAUGUCACAUCUUGGGGUCUGCCUACAAAUUUAAGAGUGAACAGGGCUGGCGAAGGUUUGACCUGCAGAACCCUUCCAGGAUGGACAGGAAUGUAGAGAUGUUCAUGAAUGUUGAGAAGACCCUGGUACAGAAUAACUGCCUGACCCGCCCAAUUGUGUAUCUUUCAUCCGACCUUGAGCAAAAACAAGUCAGCAAACUGAAGGACAUCAUCAAAAGGCAUCAGGGAACCAUCACUGAGGAGAAGUCCAAAGCCACUCACAUCAUUCUCCCAUCCCCUUCACAACAGGAUGAAGAUGAGUGGCUGCGUCCCGUCAUGCGUAAGGAUAAGCAGGUGCUCAUCCACUGGGGCUAUUCUCCGGACAGCUAUGACACCUGGGUGUCUACCAGUGAUGUGGAUGCGGAUGUGGAAGACCCACCCAGCUCUGAGAAGCCCUGGAGGGUGCACGCCAAAUGGGUGCUGGACACGGACAACUUCAACGAGUGGGUGACCGAGGAGGACUACGAGAUGGACGAGAACAAGAAGCCGGUGUUCUUCCGCCAGCGCAUCUUCCCUCGCGAAGAGGAGUCUUCCCGUACACCCGAUCGCAAGGACCGCAAGUCUAUGGCCGGAGGCAAGAAGAGGAGGCGCUCGCCGUCCCCACCCACCACCCCCGCCGAGUCCCGCAAGAAAGGGGGCAAGAAAGGGAACCCUGGUCUGCACUGGAAACGCCGAGGGCAUCGUGAUGACGACGAGCAGGACGAUGACCUCACCAAGGACAUGGAGGACCCGUCGCCUGUGCCUGGCAUGGAGGAGGUUGCGCUGCCCAAGGCCGUCAACCAGAAGAAAGACAGUGAAAAUACCCCAGUGAAGGGAGGGACUGUGGCCGAUUUGGAUGAGCAAGAGGAUGGUUCAGUGGUGUCUGGUGGCAAGGAUGAUGAGGAGCAGAGCAAGGCUGAGGUGAACCGCCUGCUGGACUCCGGUGAGGACAACGUGACCGAGCAGACCCACCACAUCAUCAUUCCCAGCUACGCCGCCUGGUUCGACUAUAAUUGCAUCCAUGAGAUUGAGCGAAGGGCUCUGCCAGAGUUCUUCAAUGGCAAGAACAGAUCCAAAACUCCAGAGAUAUACCUGGCGUACCGCAACUUCAUGAUCGACACCUAUCGCCUGAACCCGCAGGAGUACCUCACCUCCACCUCCUGCCGCCGCAACCUCACCGGGGACGUCUGUGCCGUCAUGAGGGUCCAUGCCUUCCUGGAGCAGUGGGGACUGAUCAACUACCAGGUGGACGCAGAGAGCCGGCCACUGCCCAUGGGCCCACCCCCGACCCCCCACUUCAACGUGCUGGCUGACACCCCCUCAGGCCUGGUGCCUCUGCACCACCGCCCCCCACAGGUGCCGCCUGCCCAGCAGAUGCUGAACUUCCCAGAUAAGCUUAAAGACAAGCACAGUGACAUGCAGAACUUUGGCCUCCGGACAGACAUGUAUUCCAAGAAGCCUGCCAAGCCGAGCAAGUCUGGAAGGGAGUGGACUGAACAGGAGACCCUGCUCCUUCUUGAGGCUCUGGAGAUGUACAAGGACGACUGGAACAAGGUGUCGGAGCACGUGGGCAGCCGCACACAGGACGAGUGCAUCCUGCACUUCCUGCGCCUGCCCAUCGAGGACCCGUACCUGGAGAGCACCGAGGCCACCAUGGGACCGCUGGCCUACCAGCCCGUGCCCUUCAGCCAGUCCGGGAACCCCGUCAUGAGCACCGUCGCCUUCCUGGCCUCCGUGGUGGACCCUCGCGUGGCUGCCGCUGCAGCCAGAGCUGCCCUCGAGGAGUUCUCGCGUGUGCGUGAGGAGGUGCCCGCUGAGCUGGUGGAGGCCCACGUCAAGAAGGUGCAGGAGGCCGCCCGCAACACGGGCAAGGUGGACCCCGCCUUCGGCCUGGAGAGCAGCGGCAUCGCCGGCACUGCCCCCGAGGAGCCCGAGAAGACCGAGGCCAGUGACUCCGAGAAAAUGGACACCGACUCCACGGACGCCCAGCAGCCUGACAAGGCGGAGUCCAAGGAGGAGGCUGAGAAGCCCGGCGAGUCGGAGCGUCCGGCGGAGGGCGAGAAGGUGAAGACGGAGGGGGCGGAGGCGUCCGAGCGAGGGGAGGAGGAGAACGACAGCGGCGAGGAGAAGAGCAGAGAGAAAGACAAGGAGGAGUCGAUGGAGACCUCGGAGGACGGGAAGGAGGGAGAGGAGGAGCAGGAAGAGGCCCGGAAGAAGAAGGUGGAGCUGGACAUUGGCGAAGGAAACAUCGCCACGGCCGCCGCCGCCGCUCUCGCCUCCGCUGCCACCAAGGCCAAGCACCUGGCGGCCGUAGAGGAGAGGAAGAUCAAGUCUCUGGUGGCCCUGCUGGUGGAGACGCAGAUGAAGAAGCUGGAGAUCAAGCUCCGACACUUUGAGGAGCUGGAGACCAUCAUGGACCGCGAGAAAGAAGCUUUGGAGCUCCAGCGGCAGCAGCUGUUGACGGAGCGGCAGGCGUUCCACAUGGAGCAGCUGAAGUACGCCGAGAUGAAGGCGCGUCAGCAGAUGGAGCAGCAGGCGGCCGCCGCAGCCGCCGCAGCCCAGAACGCCGCCGCCGCCGGGGGCCACCACGGGCCUCCCCCGCACGGGCCCCACGGACCCGCCGCGCCCUCGCCCGCCCACGGGCCGUCUCCCCACGGGCCCAUGCCGGGCAUGCACCCAGGGCACCCUGGCCACCCCGGAGGGCCCGGGCACCCCGGCUUCCCGCCCAUGCACCACCAGAUGGGACCACACCACCCAACCGCCACAGGACCAAUGAUUCCAGGUCAGCCGAUGCCUGGCCGCAUGAUGCCCGGCCCUCCCCCUGGCGGUCCCCCCCAGGGCAGCAUGCCCCCCAUGAUGGGCCCACGACACCCAGGAGCCCCCAACGGCAUGUACCCAGGACCGAUGCCUGGACCGCACGAUGGGAUGCCUCCAGCGCCCGUCGUAGGACCCGUGCCGCCGGUGCCGCCUCGCGUGGCUGAGAACUAAACACACACACUGUUUCUGGUCAUUUUUAGAGCCUCUUGUUUAGAAAGCGAAAACUGUCCCCCUCUUCCCCCUCCACCCCCCCCCCCCCCCCCUCCUUUGCUCACACUGAACCCUGUGGGCACAGACCCCUGUCUCUGCUGACUGCCUCGCUGGUGGGUGACUCCGCUCUAACCAAGCCUCUCUCUCUCUCUCUCUCUCUCUCUCUCUCUCUCUCUCUCUCUCUCUCUCUCUCUCUCUCUCUCUCUCUCUCUCUCUCUCUCUCUCUCUCUCUCUCUCUCUCUCUCUCUCUCUCUCUCUCUCUCUCUCUCUCUCUCUCUCAGGGCCUUAUGCCCUUCUCUGCUCACAGACACACACACACACACAGGCUUACUAGCUCAGGGCACAUGGACAGGGAUACCAUGUUCCUCUCCCCCAUGCCUCUCCAGCUCAGCAAUAGCACUGGUUGCCCCCCCUCCCUAUCUCUGACUUUAGUAAGGCUCUGUUUGGUGCUGGUUGUAGUGACCCCUGCUGUUAAGUAGCCACCCAGGGGCCUUUGAGAGCAGAGGUGGCCACUGGCUGGCGGUCAGCUCCUCCCCUGUAAUGUGACGGACCGUAUGUGUAUAUUGUGGUGUUCUGCAUAAGCUAAGUUCACACUGGGGGGAACUGAAAGGAGGUAGUGGGGGUGGUUGUGGACUAGUGUACUUACUUUCUUGCUCUCCUCUGUCUCUCUCUCUCUCUCUCUCUCCUCUGUUUCCCCUGCAACUCAGAAUAACACUGUAGCUGAAGAGCUGGCCUCACUAGUGGCACCUCUGCUCCAGUCCCAAGCCCCUGGGCGUCCGGCUCAAUGUUCCCAUUCAGCGCCCCGUGAAGUAGAGUUGUCGGUGUGUGUUAGAUUAGUAUGUGUGAGCGUGUGUGUGUCUGGUGUUACUGUAAAUGGGGGAAGUUAUUUGCAUCUGUGACCAAACAUGGAUGUAUACACUUACACAGGGUCACCUUUCUUAACCUGCACGCUCACAAACACUCACGCACACACACACGCUCGCACACACACACACACACACACACACACACACACACACACGUUCACACACACUGAAAGGAUCUUUGCUCUCAGCCCCCCCAACCUGCUGUGUAUCUGGGAAUCUACCUCUCCAGGACUUCGCUCUGGUGCGUUCUCUACGGUGGUGUAAAGCAUCAAGUGUGUGUGUGUCUGGCAACACAGCUGGUUUCUUUUAUUGGACAUGGAGGGAAGAGGUCUUUGUUAAUGGCCUUCUGCCCAGCUAGCCACACACACACACACACACACACACACACACACACACACACACACUGCUGAGAUCAAUGUAGAUCUGUGGACAUGCUAUAACUUCUGACUCUGCUCUUUCACUGGGCAGUUGUGCAGCAAAGCCAAGUAGUGUGCUUCACACAAACGCAGGCAAAUGUGCACGCACACACACACAGACAGACAGACACACACACACACACACACUCUUUCCCUCCGAAUGUUCCACAGAGCAGAUAUGCACAGGCGCUUACACACACAUUGACACACUGAUGUCUGUUACUGUUUUAAAACAUGCAUGUACACUGUCAUACUUGCGCCCACACACACACACACACACACACACACUGUCCUUAAAGAGCUCUGCCUGGUGUCACACUGAAAGGAGGGAGGAUCUCUGCUUUGUAGACAUACUGUAGCCAGCCCCUCGCUCUUCCCGUAGGUGCUGAAGCCGUAGCUGCCCCCUGCCUCGCUCUACCUCUCUCACUGUACUACCUCUCUUCGCUUCUCUCUUUCUCUCACUACCUCUCUUUCUCUCUCUCCACACUCUUCUUUUUUCCCCCUUCUCUUUUUUUAGCUUUCCGUUCUUCCUCGCUCGCAGAUGCACUAGUUUGUUCUCUCUUGCUCUCCGUGUGCCCACGUGACUGCUGCAUAACUGCUGUGUGGAGGGUGCGUGCCCUCCUACCUCCUCAGGUGUACCAAUCCUCCUCACACACACACACAAUACACACACACACUUAAACACGCACACGCCUAAUACAUAGCCCCCCCCAUUGCCGUGCGUGAUCCAUUCACGCCAUACACACGCCUCACCCAUCGCCCCAUUGCUACACACAUGCGAACACGCCCCUAACUCAGCUCUCCAGGCUGGUCAAAACACGAGAGACGGGAGCCAAAACGCUUUACCCCUCGUUUCCCCUUCUGACCCCCACCCAUCCCCGCCCCCUUCCCACAUAUAUAUCUUUUAUUGCUACUUUUUAUUUUAUGGUAAUGUAUUUUUAAGAAAAUAAAGUUUGUGUAGACUCUCUGUUAUCUUUGUUCCCUGAAGUUUGUAGUUUAUUCCUGUUAUUUCUUUUGUUUUGAUUUUGAUUUUAACAGGCACAUUGGUACUGAGACCUGAUCACUGUUUAAAUAAAAUUUUGUUUUUUGUUUUUUAAAUUCUA